AUAAAUUCAUUCGGGAGCAGCAGCAACAGUGUAUGCAGUGCUCUGUGCUUCUCCUUUUUGUUGGGCUGUUGCUGGAUUACACCGCAGGUUCACCAGAGUCCAGUGACUUUCUCCAGACGACACUCACCGAAGCGGAACAUGCCGUGGCGUCAGCGAAAGCGUACCUGGAGAGACUGUUUUCCAUCCGCCCUGUUCCCACCCGACCCACCUACGGAGACAACAUACACCUGAAGUGGGUGAGGUGGUCCGGCAGUCUGCCCAGGUGGGUCGUGAGUGUUUUCAAUCACCGUGACAACCGCACGGACUACAUCUGUGCGCCGAUGCGGCGUUGCGAGUACGUGGCCGGUUACUACAACCCUUCCCUUGGCCCGCGCUGCUUUACUCCUUGCGACAAAAGUGACCCCAGCGUCGGAAACGAGUUUGACCUGCUGGUGAACGACCACCAGCUGGAGUUGCUGGAGUGGGUCACGGUGGAGUACUUUAGUUACGGAGAAGCCCCGUCCAACGCCGUGCGCGUGAGCCUGAACUCGAAGAAAGACGGCUACAUCUUCCGAGAUGAGGACGGUAUUGGCAGCUACAUAGUGUUUGCUCCAAGGAGGCGUAAGAGGCGCGCUCCCGAAGGUUUCAUAGAAAUGCUUCAUGUGAACCAGGGCAGGUACACGGAGCAUCUAUUUGAUGUUGAGUACGACAUGGAGCAGAUGAAGAUCCUCUCAGCAAAGAGGCUGCAGAUCUCCAAAACUACAAUUGCAAACAAAGGUGACUCUCUUAGGGACCAGCAGGUGGCGCUGACAGGGGAGUCACAGCUCCAUGGCACCUGGGAGACCAUCUCCUCCAAACGCCUCGUCAUCUCCACCUCCAUUACGGCUCACAUUCCCCACCUCAACUCCAGCUUCUUGUCCACUAACAGCACACCCAGAAGCAUCAUGGGUGACUCUGUGAGUGAGACGGUCUCUCACUCUGUGUCUGGAACUGUCCCCUUGCCGCCCUUCCCACCUACCUGUCAGGUGUGGAUGAGGGGGAUGCUGUACUCAGUCAGUGUCCCCUUCAACGCCACUCUGGAGAAGACCUAUGAGAGCGGAGCUGUGCACAUGGCCACUGUGCCUGGCAUCUACAUGGGCACCCAGGUGGGCAGCGUGGACAUGGUGGUCGACUCCUGUGUCAUUGAUGAUCAUUUGAUAUGAUGAUAUGCCAGUCUCUUAGAGCCGUCUCUGUGUGUGUGUGUGUCUGAGAGUGUUUGUAUGACAGAGAGUGUGGGUGUAUGUGUGAGAGAUAGUGGGUGUAUGAAAGUGUGAACACAACCAUUUCCAAAAAAAAAGUUAAUAUUAAAACAAAAAAACUGAAUGUA